AUGGCGUCAUUAAAGCUCAUUGGAGUUCUUGUGGGUAUUGUUACUGAUUCUGUCACAACUGUAAUGGCAUCAUUAAAGCUCAUUGGAGUUAUUGUGGGUAUUGUUAUUGAUUCUGUUACAACUGUAAUGGCGUCAUUAAAGCUCAUUGGAGUUCUUGUGUGUACUGUUAUUGUUUCUGUCACAACUGUAAUGGCGUCAUUAAAGCUGAUUGGAGUUCUUGUGGGUAUUGUUAUUGAUUCUGUUACAACUGUAAUGGCGUCAUUAAAGCUCAUUGGAGUUCUUGUGGGUAUUGUUAUUGAUUCUGUUACAACUGUAAUGGCGUCAUUAAAGCUCAUUGGAGUUCUUGUGGGUAUUGUUAUUGAUUCUGUCACAACUGUAAUGGCGUCAUUAAAGCUGAUUGGAGUUCUUGUGGGUAUUGUUAUUGAUUCUGUUACAACUGUAAUGGCGUCAUUAAAGCUCAUUAGUGUUUUUUGGGGAUCUUUUGUGUUAGUAACGUCCUUGCUGACGGUCGGACAGCCCGGGAUAAUAUUUCCCACCCAGAGACAAGCACCCUUGAACCCACUCCUCGAGCCUGACUGUGCUUUCAGUGUUCGUUCUUCAAAGAUUGGACCAAAUGCUGCAGGCAAUGAAGGGUUGCAGUACAUAGCUAACUUCGUUCCCAACUUGAAGUCAGUGCCACAAAGGAUCACUGGUCAGAUAUGUAUUACUUUUGAUGAUAUUAACAAUGCUGUCCAAGAAGCGCGCAGACUUGUGGGUAAGUUUAUUCCACAAGAGAUUCACGAGCUGUCGUCUGACCUUCCUGAACCUAAACAUAUAGCUGCAGCAGCCUUGAUAAUAGAAGAAGCAACCAGAAUCCUAGCCCAGCGAUAUAAGUUGAAUUAUGAUGCUAUUGUUAACGGCUUGCCUCGAAUUGAUACUUCUAAAACAGCAGUAAAACAGGUCUGCCCCACGUUAUUGAAGCCUGUAAAGUGUGAACUAAGCCGUUAUCGGACACUGACUGGCAUGUGUAACAACCUCGAGAACCCCUCGUGGGGUAGUGCGCGAUCAGCCAUGUUGAGAUAUCUUCCCCCAGCUUACGGUGAUGGUAUUUCCGUCCCAAGGCGAGCUGUAGAUGGGUCUGAGUUACCCACUGCUCGUGCCAUUAGUUUUAUUAUGCACCAUGACGUCAGCCAACACGACCAACAGCUAUGUAACAUCCUCGUUGCUUGGGGUCAGAUGAUCGACCACGACUUGACCUUGGCUUCCCCAACAUUAGACGAAAGACGUAUGGAUAUUGAAUGCUGUAAGUACCCACCCCAACAACGCCAUCCUAAUUGCAUGCCCAUCGCCAUACCCCAUGAUGACCCCUUCUACAAAUUCUUCAACAAGAAAUGCAUGGACUUUGCUCGAACUCUUCCUGGGAUGAGACCCGGAUGUACUCUAGGUCCAAGGUUCCAGACCAAUCAGAUCUCAGCUUUCAUCGACGGUAACUUCAUUUACGGCAGCCAACAGAAAGAUGCACACAGGCUUCGGCAGUUUCGUGGAGGGUUCUUGAAAACCGCGCCUCUCUACAGGGAACUCGGCCUGAAAGAUCUCCUACCAAUGAAGACAGUUGACCCCGACGUAGGUUGUAUCGCUAGGCCAAGAAACGCGUAUUGUUUCGAUGCUGGUGACGAACGAGUGAACGAGCAGCUUGUGUUGACUGUGAUGCACACAAUAUGGAUGAGAGAACACAACAGAGUUGCCGAAGCUUUAGGACAGAUUAACCCUCACUGGGACGACGAGACCCUCUACCAAGAGACUCGUCAUAUCGUCGUAGCCGAACUUCAGCACAUCACCUUUAACGAGUUCCUUCCCACAAUCCUCGGGGUCGAAACGAUAAGGAAGUACGGUCUACAACUCCUUUCCCACGGUUAUUAUGAUGGUUAUAACCCCCAAGUCAACUCUGGUAUUCGUUCAGCGUUCCAAACGUCUGCCUUCCGUUUCGGUCACAGCCUCCUACCUGAUGCGACUGACAGAUACAACAAGUUCCAUGAAAAAAUUGAGGCUAUCCGCCUCUCCAUGCAACUACGUCGACCUUAUGACCUAUACAAGCCAGGCAUUAUCGACAGUUUCUUGAUGGGAUUAGUAAACCAGGAAUCCAACAGGAUGGAUCCUGAAGUCACCACUGAAGUAACUAAUCAUUUAUUCGAGAAACCAGGCGAGAGGUUCGGCAUGGAUCUGGCAGCACUCAACAUCCAGCGUUCCAGAGAACACGGUAACCCUGGUUACAAUUAUUACAGGGAAUACUGUGGUCUUCCAAAAGCUCGUGACUUUUAUGACCUGGCGGGAAUCAUGCCCAACACGACAAUACAGAGAUAUGCCCAGCUGUACAAACACGUUGACGACAUCGACUUGUGGAGUGCGGGUAUCUCAGAGUAUCACCUACCUAACGCCGUUGUAGGCCCAACUUUUGCUUGUCUGAUUGCCGAUCAAUUUUCAAACAUCAGGCGAGGAGAUCGUUUUUGGUAUGAAAACAGUGGCUGGCCUUCUUCGUUUCGACCUGAGCAACUUCAGGAACUCCGCAAGGUCCAACUCUGCAGAGUACUGUGUGAUAACGCUGAUGAAAUGGACACCAUUCAACUAGAAGUCUUAAAGACGGCUGAUCCACAGAGGAAUCCACGUGUAAACUGUCGGGGUAAUAAUAUAAACCACCUAGAUCUUUCCAAAUGGGCUGAUGUUAACCACUUCAGCAGGAAGUAAGCUGCUCUUAUGAGAAGAAGAAGAUACAGUAUUA